ACAUGUAAAAUUUAAAAUUUUCCAACAUAGUAUUUUUGCAUAUCCAUUUCCACAGCGUUUAUACAAUCAUAUUUCAAAUACUGCUAACCUUUUUCCGCUACGACAAUGGUAAUAACUACCCAUACCUUCAGCUCGGAUUUACUGCUCUGGGCCUUUUCCCUGCUAACUUUCGCGCUCCUAUUAAUAACCCUCCUUGAUUAUUUCUUUCUAGCUCACGGGAAAAUUCCAAUCUUCUGGCGAUUCAGCCCAGCCCCUUCCUGGAAAUUCAAGCCUCAAAAUUACAAAUGGGCCGGUCGCAUGAUCAUCAUAACGGGCGGCAAUGCCGGUAUAGGCAAAGAAACGGCUCUUCAGUGCGCUAAAACCGGAGCCGAGAUAGUUAUAGCCUGCAGGAAUCUUAAAACCGGGAACAAAGUGGCGACAGAAAUUAAGGAGGAAACAGGGAACCCCUUGGUGUACGCUAAACACUUGGACCUGAAUUCUUUUAAAUCCGUUAGAACUUUUGUCGCUGACAUUAUUAAAAAAUUGUUAACUUCCUCUGAUUCUUCUGGUACGCAUCUAUACGCCUUGGUCAAUAAUGCCGGCGUAAUGCUGCUACCGAAGGAAAUUUUGACGGAGGACAAUUUGGAGAUGACCCUUCAAACGAACUAUUUUUCGCCUUUCCUUCUCACCAGCCUCCUAUUACCCUCUCUCAAGUCCGGCUCUAAGGCAUUGGGAUGUCCCUCCCGUGUGGUCAACGUAUCUUCUAGGGCGCACGUUAUAGGGCCUACGCGAUUGCCGCUCGACCCGGCCUAUUUGAAGAAGGAUCAGUUCGGAAUCAUUCAAAAAUUCUGCCCGCCCUUCCGUCAACAUUUCGUAUACGGGGACUCCAAACUCUGCCUCGUCAGUUUUACCCGAGAAUUGGCUAGACGAUCCGACCCCGAUAGGUUAUUAGCCUUUUCUCUCCACCCUGGAACGGUGGAUACGGAUCUUUUCAUUCACGUGCCCUUGCCCAUUAGGUUCAUUGUCUCCAAAUUUUUCAGUGUUUCUACCAAAGAGGGAGCCAUGACUACCCUUUACUGUUUGUUCGAUAAAUCCCAGGCUAACGCGGAUAAUAACGGGGCUUAUUUUUCGGAAUGCGGGCUUGCUAAGGCCUCCGCCAAGGCUCUGAAACACGAAGACUCCGACGCGCUCUGGGACCUUAGUCAGAAAGUUUGCGGGCUCACGGAUGGGCGAAGAAAGGACUGAAAUUUAGAUGAUCCCUAUAUUAUAAGGCCUGGCCCAAUUUUUUUAAAUGGUGCUCUUUGAAUAUUAACAAGCCUUUUUAAACGCAGCAUUAAAGAAAGGGACCAUACCUAAUAGGAAAUAUCUUGGCUACAAACCAGAUUUUUUUUUAUAGAAAACUGUUUUUAUAAUAAUAUAUAAUUGUUUUUAAAA